AUGGACUUUAUACGCCUGCUCAAAUCCCCGGCCGUCAGCUCUUUGAUGACGAGUAUGUUGAUGGUUCUGAUGACGAGGAUGAGGGGCAUUGGAUGUGCCCUCCACCCCUCUCUGCUGAAGAAGAAGAGGCGGAGUUUGGCGAACUUGGACGGCAUUCUUGGCGGAAGCCUUCCCGAGAUGAAUAGCGGGUUUAGUCGCUGUCUUCCUCAUCUACAGCUCCACGGCAACCCACUUCCUCGCCACGACACCAACCUGUCUCUCCUCCAUCCGUCAAGCCAGCGCUCAACGCACGCCAAAGCUCUCCCAAUUACCCUGUUGAACGCGCCACCACUCUCUGAUGAUGGGCCGCGCCCGCCAUCAUCAGCAGCAAUCGCCAGCACCACAACCGAGAUCGCCUCUUUAUGCGGGCUCCGGGCGCACCGCCCCCCCAUCAUCGGCAGCAAUCGCCAGCACCGCAACCGAGACCGCUUCUUCAUCCGGGCCCUUUCGCACCGGGCGUCCACUCCAGCGACAACACGAUGGACCAAGUCAACAGCAUUGACAUUCCGGACAGGUUCGAGUCCUUGCUCCUGGCUGAGAGAAGGACGAGACCCGCCAGUGCUUCCCUCCGCACCAAUUUGCCCGGCGCCUUGCGAAGUGAGUAAACGCUCACGAGACGUCGCCCGCCCAGCUGGAACUUGGAGCGGCUCUGUCUCGAGGAUCUCGUCGCGUGGGAUGGGUUUACUGGCGUGGCUGGAGGCCUGCAUUGCGCUGAUGUUUGUGGCGCGCGUGAGCUAG